UUUAUUUUGCAUUUACCUUGUUUUUUCUUUCCAACUGUUCCGCUGUCGGCUGCGCCCUCCCGAUUUGAUUUCAUGGAUACCGAUCAAAUCACAGGAUUGACGUCAAGAUCACCGGAAGCGCAGGAGAACAGAGGCGCCGGAGGCAAGCUUAUAAAACCGCAGCCUAGAAAGCCACCCGCUAGCCCUUACGCCCGUCCGCCGGAGGCUGUGCGCCGCCGUUGGAUUUCAAAACUCGUGGAUCCUGCUUACCGCUUCAUCGCCGGUGGAGCUACUCGUAUUUUGCCUUCCUUCUUCUAUACAGCGGCUCCCGCCUCUGCUCCUACUAGCGACAGCUCUACAGCUGACGAUCAAGGUAAAAGGCGAACAAGCAAACAAGGUCUUAAAGAUGAUUCAUGCAAACGUGAUUUACAUCUCUUGGCAUCCGAAUCAAUUCGAAUGGCUACUGGUGACAUCAGUGAUAAACUGAAAAGUAGUUCUGACUAUGUUCUGCCCAGACAAGAUGAAAAAGGAGAGCAAUAUGAGAAAAAUAGGCUUUCUGAUGUUGAGCAGCUGGUGAAAGGAAAAAAAUUAUCUAGAGAUGAAUAUAAUCGUUUAGUGGAGGUAUUAAAUUCAAGGGCAAUUGACCUUUCUAAUGUUGAAGAAGGAAAGGAAAAUACAAAUUUGACUUCAAGGAGAGAUGAUGAGGGGCUUGCAAUGACACCCGGGCUUUCAAAAAUUUCCAAUGAACAAAGGCAUGAUGAAUCAAAUGGAGCCAUUUGGGGAAGCUCAACACCUCUUAGUCUGUCAAAAGUUCGAGAUGAGAUUGGUGCUUCACCAAUUGAGAUUGCUAGGGCAUACAUGGAUUCCCGUGCAUCAGAAGCAGGCUCCUGCUCUAAGAGCAUGAUUCAAACAGUUGAAAGCAGAGUGUUGUAUGGUGAUGAAGCUGCAAUAAAACCACUACCAAAGAAUUCAUCAACAUGUUGGCCAGGUGCUGUGGUACAGGAUACUUACAUAACACCACAAAGUCACAGAAGCGGAUAUGGACUUCAUAACUUCCCCCGGACUCCUUAUUCCAGAACUCUAUUAACAAAGUCCAAGUUCAUUCAUAUGGAAGGUGACUACAGCCAAGUUUCAUCAACUCCCCUCCGGCAAUCACAAACUACUCUGUAUCAGCAGGAUAAAUCUAAAGUUGGUGCAUCAGAAAGUGGAUAUGGAUCUGUUGGACCUAUUCGACAAAUUAGGCAUAAGGUUGGUGUUCAAUCUUCAAGAAGACCACCUUAUUCAGCUCUAACUGGCACUUCACAUAGAGAAAGUCAUGGUGUUAUUGAAGGUUUCACUCCUACUGUUACAAGGAGCACGAAUCAUGAUGAUCCGAACUGCACUCGUGAGCCACAGGACUUUGAGUUGGGUGCUCCAACAGUACACAUGCAUUCCAGUUUAAUGGCUAAGAAGAUAUUGGAGCAUAUUGAUAGAAACGUUCCCACUCCUAAAGCAAAAUCGACUGAGCUGAAGUUGGCAACUAAAUGGAAGUAUCCUGAAUCUUCUGUAAAUUUCAGCACUGUCUUGUCAAAUGAAGAUAAUGCCUUGCUUAAAAUAAAAGAUGGUGGUCCUUAUAUAUAUGAUGGGAAUGAUGGAAAGAAAUCUAUGCUGACAAAUGAAGGUAAAGGAAACAUCCAUGUUGAUAUUCAACCUAGGGAGUGUACCGAUAAAUCUAUCAAUGUCAGAAAAGAAGGAACCUUGGCAUCUGAUAUGAAUGUUUGCCACGGCAUCCCAAGACUCAGUAAUGAUGCAAGGGCUACACAAAGUUUUGGUGGUUCUCAAAGUUUUCUUAUGAAGUCUACUGAAGAGGAUGCUUUGAAGACUUUCCCAAGUGGCUGUCACCCUUGUGUAGUAAAUCAAGAAAAGAAGCCUCUCUCUAACUCUGCAGCCAGCAAAACAGGUUUACCUCCCAUUAUCAUCAAGAAGCCUGAAUCAAGGUGGACCUUAGCAUAUGAUAAUGGCUCAGGAUUUACCUUCCCUGUUUCUGCAUCCUCUUCUGUAUUCUCUGAGCCACCAACACCAUCCAUCAUGCCAUUAUUCUCUACUGGGGAUCAGCACCAAUUAAAAGAAAGUUCUACUGAACUGUCGUUUAGUUUUGGUUUAAGAAAGUCCAGUGCGGCCAUAGUUUUUUCCUUCCCUUCUACAAGCAAUACUGUUAUUCAUAAUGAUGCUGGGGACAUCAAAUUUAACUUCGGUUCAACUGAGAAGGCAAGGCUGUCGUUUUUAUUUGGAGAAGAUGCUGUCUGCUGUUAAAUGAAACUGCAAAAUGAGGUUCCAAAAGUUGUCUCAAAUUUUUUUUUUUUAUUAUUAAUUUACGGUUACUGUAUUUUACCCUAUCGUCCCAGGGCAUAUUGUACUCUUUUGCUUUCCUUUUCUUCUUUACGUGAAGAUGAGUAAAAUUAAGCCGUUUUGAUCAAGUUGUGUGGUU